UCCCCCCCACCCCCUCCGCCGAUCACCAGGAGCGCUCGGGACUUGCCCGUAGUGGUGACGGCGGCAACAUGUCUGUGGCGUUCGCGGCCCCGAGGCAGCGAGGCAAGGGGGAGAUCACUCCCGCCGCGAUUCAGAAGAUGUUGGAUGAAAAUAACCAUCUUAUUCAAUGUAUAAUGGACUAUCAGAAUAAAGGAAAGACCUCAGAGUGUUCUCAGUAUCAGCAGAUGUUACAUACAAACUUGGUCUACCUUGCUACAAUAGCAGAUUCUAAUCAAAAUAUGCAGUCUCUUUUACCAGCACCACCCACACAGAAUAUGCCUAUGGGUCCUGGAGCGAUGAAUCAGAGUGGCCCUCCCCCACCUCCACGCUCUCACAACAUGCCUUCAGAUGGAAUGGUAGGUGGGGGUCCUCCUGCACCACACAUGCAGAACCAGAUGAACGGCCAGAUGCCUGGGCCUACCCAUAUGCCUAUGCAGGGACCUGGACCCAAUCAAAUCAAUAUUACAAAUAGUUCCAUAAACAUGCCUUCAAGUAGCCAUGGAUCCAUGGGAGGUUAUAACCAUUCCGUGCCAUCAUCGCAGAGCAUGCCAGUACAGAAUCAAAUGACGAUGAGUCAAGGGCAACCAAUGGGAAACUAUGGUCCCAGACCAAAUAUGAAUAUGCAGCCAAACCAAGGUCCAAUGAUGCAUCAGCAGCCUCCUUCUCAACAGUACAAUAUGCCACAAGGAGGUGGGCAGCAUUACCAAGGCCAGCAGCCACCAAUGGGAAUGAUGGGUCAAGUUAACCAAGGCAAUCAUAUGAUGGGUCAGAGACAGAUUCCUCCCUAUAGACCACCUCAACAGGGCCCACCACAGCAGUACUCAGGCCAGGAAGACUAUUAUGGGGACCAAUACAGUCAUGGUGGACAAGGUCCUCCUGAAGGCAUGAACCAGCAAUAUUACCCUGAUGGUCAUAAUGAUUACGGUUAUCAGCAACCGUCGUAUCCUGAACAAGGCUACGAUAGGCCUUAUGAGGAUUCCUCACAACAUUACUACGAAGGAGGAAAUUCACAGUAUGGCCAGCAGCAAGAUGCUUAUCAAGGACCACCUCCCCAGCAGGGAUAUCCCCCACAGCAGCAGCAGUACCCUGGGCAGCAGGGCUAUCCAGGACAGCAGCAGGGCUAUGGUCCUUCACAGGGUGGUCCAGGUCCUCAGUAUCCUAACUACCCGCAGGGACAAGGUCAGCAGUAUGGGGGUUAUAGGCCAACGCAACCUGGACCACCACAGCCACCGCAGCAGAGGCCUUAUGGAUAUGACCAGGGACAGUAUGGAAAUUACCAGCAGUGAAAAAAUACUUACAUUCCAAUAGCCAGUAUCUAUUAGCAGCCAUAUUGUCACCUCAGCACUGUGGACACAUCCUUGUAUAGAGAUCCUUUCAUUCCAUCUUGUUUUUGGAAAAAUCUUGUGGAUAAAUGGCUGUUUCAUCAGUGAGCAGCCUUUGUGGCUUAGUUGUAAAAGGCUUUAGUAGCUCAAAAAUACUCUUGAUUUCACAUUUCUACUCUAGAUGGCAACAUUGGACAGAAAAUACAAUGACAUAUAACCAAUUUGCAAUGAUUUCGGAACUGUGUUUCAAAUGGACUGUUACAGACUGAAAGGUGUGAACAGCUUUGUAUGUUUAUGAAGGUUAAGGGAAUUUAAUACUUUUCCACAGAUUCUUUUGUAAGGGGAAGAGGGUAAUGUACACUUUUUACAGCAGCAAUAUUUUGUAUAUUAUGUUUAUUUCAUGUGGUGAAUAUGCAAAAUGGUACACUACGCACCGGACAGAAUCAAAAAUCCUCUGUUAAUGAGGAUUGGAGUUUGAUGGAUGGUUGAUUGUGUAGGUCUCAAAAUGGUGUUCUAUAAAAGGUGAGGGAAAAGACAAAGCACACCAUAUGUCCACUGUUAUGUAGAGGAAAUUCAGAUCCCCUUUAUCACUUAGAUAAUCAAGGGCACUGUGAUACAGUUUUGAGUGAAAAAACAUUUUUUAAAAGCCUUCCAGUUUUGUGGAUUAAAUCCUUUUUCUAAAGAUCAUUUGUAAUACGGUUUUAACAUGAGGCAAUAAGAAAUAUUUCUUGUUGGACCUGAAAAUAAUAGUAAUAGUUUCAUGUAAAUGAAGUGGCAGUCCUCUCCUAAAAUAGCAAUAACUGAAAAUGAAAGUGUUAAUUUUACCUUGUUUGAGUAAUCAGGGAACUUAGUAAUAUCAGAGCAUUUUAUAAAUGAUAUCAAAGAAGAGUCAACAUUGAUUCAAUUUUUUUUUUUUAACAUGUGGAGGAUAAUUGGUUUAUAUAAUAGUUCAGGAAUCCUUCCAAACCAUUAUUUCAACUUUUUUUUUUUUUAUUUCAACUUUCUUAACCGGAAAUAAUAUCACUUAUAAAGAGUCACUUUUAAGUUCCCCCCUUUUUGUGUUCGUUAAUAGACACAAAGAGAUGUUUAGGAAAAUGCUAUUAAUUAGGUUUAUUCUUAUGUAUAUUAAAAGCAUACAAGUUGCAUUCUAGAUUACUUUUGUUUAUUAGUCUAACAUACUUAAUCUUUAUUUGAAACUGCCCUAUGCCUACUUUGCUUAUUUUAACUAAAUUCAGGGAUAUUGCAUUGGGCAGGAAAUCAUGCAUUGAGAAGUUUAUAACCACAUUUAUUUAAGUAUAAUUUGAAAACAUCUAGCCCAAAGGUAAGUUCCUAUUUUUAUCACAGUUGCCUCUGUCCAGGGAAUAUGAUGUUUCUUUAUAAUUGAACUGAUUUUUCCCACUUCUGACUGGAAACAGAACAGAAGGGAUCCCAUAAAUUUGUAUAAGUAAAAUGUACUGUUCUCAACAUACUGUAAUCAAAAGAAGGAAUUUCAGCGUGUCUCUGUGUGUGAAUGAGAGAGUGUAUAUGUGUCUUAAGGUCAGAAUAGGCUUUUUUUAAACUUGGUCAGUAGAAAAUGGACAACAAGGGUGAACAGAUAAAGAAUGGAGAUCUUUGUUGUGAUUGAAAUGCUUAUAGGUUCUGUGCCAAUUUUCCACCACUGUGUACUUUGUUGCUAUUUAAAACUGUAUCAACUCUAACGGAAAAAUAAAUUAUUUGUGAUUUUAAUUUUCUCAUUUGUUUCUUUAAAUUAGAUCUCUUUGACUCUCAUGUUUUGUCUAGAGACUAUGCUGUGGUUUUUUUUAUAAGUUAGUCCAGUAUAAGCAGACUAUGUUUGUAUUCUAGGACUUUAUCAAAAUUCUCUUGCCAUGCCCAAGUUAAUUAGAAUUAACUGUUCAGUAAUCAGCAUGUUGUGUGGGCUGUUUGUUACAGAAUUCUUUCUCUGAAAAUGAAGUCCAUGAGGCUAUAAUCAAGAUGACUGAAUUAGAUAAAUGAGUUGAGGAGACAAAAUUGUGCUGAACCCAACCUGGUGUAGAUAUGUUAUCUCAUUUGAAAUAAGCUCAACUGACAUUAAGAAAUAAUUUGUCUUGCCAACCCAUCUUCUGUUGUCUUAUUCUCCUUUUAAUGGAAACUAAAAUUGCAAUUUUAAUAAGCAGAAUUUCCUCCAGGACUUUCUUCCUGGAGACUAGUGCAUUUGCAAGUUUUAAUUGUUUUAUAACAGUCCUAUUUCGUAAAAGUUUUUAAUUGGUGGUGACAAAAAUUACCUUAUUCCUUUGAUACCUAGUAAGAAGAAUAACUUUACCAGUAACAUGCACCAAAUUUGACAUUCCCAUUUAGACUAUAUAUUCCAAAACUGAAAAUUUUCUUUAAUAAAAAUGUAUUAUAAUAGGAAAUAUACCAUCCCCCAAAAUUCCAGAAGUAAUUUAUUGCUAAGAAUAGAGCAGGGUGAUUAUUGAUCAACAUUUUACAAUAUUUAACUGUGUUGGUUUGGUUGUUUGAGAAUAUGUUAGUAUUAAUCUGUGGCGUUAUGAUGGCACAUUGUUUUUAAUUUUUUUGAUUAAAUCUUUAAAUGUAGACUUAAGUAGAAAGAGAAAUACCAUUAAUGCAACUUAUCCACUUAGCACUGUGUGUACAACGCCCACAAAUUGAAGCAAACACUGUGUCACUUAAUUAUUUCAGUGAGGAUCUCUCAAAUACAAAUAUUACUGUUUCAAAAAAUCCUUCCCUAGAAGCCAUCUCAGAAUCUGUGUAUGUAAAUCACUGCCUUUUCUCUCAUUUAAAAAGUCAUUCAUGAAACAAUUAAAACAGCAGAAACAGAUCAUAUAGAAAAAAAUAAUUUUUUCCCACAAUUUCAUUUCAUCUCCUAAAGUAUUAUUUAAGACUUGGUACAUUUCUUCUGUACUUCCAUUCUUACACAUAUGCCAACAUUAUU